AUGGGUCGUGUUUUGCUUAAAGUUAUCAUCCUUGGCGACAGUGGAGUCGGCAAGACUUCACUUAUGAAUCAAUAUGUCAAUAAGCGGUUCAGCAACCAAUACAAAGCUACUAUCGGUGCUGACUUUCUCACUAAGGAAGUUAUGGUAGAUGACCGGUUAGUUACUAUGCAGUUAUGGGACACCGCCGGGCAGGAACGCUUUCAAUCACUAGGAGUUGCGUUCUAUCGAGGAGCUGAUUGUUGCGUCCUUGUGUACGACGUGAACAGCGCAAAGUCAUUUGAGACCCUGGACAGUUGGCGCGACGAGUUUCUUAUUCAAGCCAGCCCUCAUGACCCGGAGAACUUUCCUUUCGUUGUCCUAGGCAAUAAGAUUGAUGUUGAAGAGAACAAGAGACAGGUUACCCAGAAGCGUGCCAUGACAUGGUGUCAGUCCAAAGGGAAUAUUCCUUAUUUCGAAACAUCGGCCAAGGAGGCCAUCAACGUUGAGCAAGCCUUCCAGACGGUUGCUAAGAAUGCUCUGCAACAAGAGGCGGAAGAACAAUUGUAUGUCGACUACCCGGAUCCAAUUCAACUCGACUCGGAAAGUUCGCAAAGUUAUGGAUGCAACUGUUAAUACCCUUUCAUGCGCAGACAUAUCUCUCACUUGUUAUUCCGGCGGCUUCAUUCCUACUUGCGACCUAAUAUUCGUACAUGUCAUUUCAUCUCUUUUUUGCUCCUCACGUAAUGUCAUCCUAUAUUCUGGACGCUGUGGACCAUGAUAUAUCAUGCAUAAUUCGUAUGCAUAUUUUGUGACGUACAUUGGCGCCAAGUGAACCGUCAGCUGAAUACUCCACUAGGAUGACGCACAACUAUCGUCCUCCGAGCCGCUUUCAGUACUCCUCGUUUUUAGGAUCACGCGCA